UUAAGAAUUAUAUUGUCAGAUCCGCUGUAAGGCAGUUUAAAAUUCCUUCUGUAUUUUUGUUUAAAUUAGCUUCAUUAAAGAUGAUUGGUGCUCCGUUUACAGUUAGAACUUCACAAAUUGUAACUGGAUUUUGUAGAUCAAGAAAACCUAUAUUCAAUAGAAUUCUCACUAUGGCUACCAAAAGAUCCCUGGCAAGUGCAGGUUUUCGUAUAGAAACUGACAGUUUUGGGGAACUACAAGUUCCUGCUGAUAAAUAUUAUGGAGCAAACACUGCAAGAUCGCUCAUGAACUUUAAAAUUGGGGGCCCGGGAGAUAAAAUGCCAAUUGAAGUGAUCCACGCUUUUGCGAUUCUUAAAAAAGCAGCCGCAGAAGUGAAUAAGGAAUUUGGUUUGUCUGUCGAGUUGGCUAAUGCUAUCACCAAAGCGGCGGAUGAGGUGAUUGCUGGAGAUUUGGACUCACAUUUCCCGCUUGUUAUCUGGCAAACUGGCAGUGGAACACAAUCUAAUAUGAACAUAAACGAAGUCUUAGCAAAUCGAGCAAUUGAACUCUUGGGUGGUGAGCUUGGAAGCAAAAAUCCAGUUCAUCCAAAUGAUCAUGUCAACAAAAGCCAGAGUUCAAAUGAUACAUACCCCACAGCAAUGCACAUUGGAGUUGCCAGAUCAAUCACCAAUGUGCUACUACCUGGCUUAAGAACAUUGGAAACCGCUUUGGAACAGAAAGCCACAGAGUUCAAGGACAUUGUUAAGAUCGGCCGUACGCACACACAAGAUGCAACACCUUUAACGUUAGGACAGGAGUUUUCUGGUUAUGUUCAGCAAGUGAAAAACGGUAUUGCGAGAGUUGAAUCCUGCCUUCCAAGAUUAUAUGAGCUUGCAGCUGGUGGUACUGCAGUUGGAACUGGCCUUAAUACAAGAAUUGGAUUUGCAGAGAAAGUGGCGGCAAAUGUGGCCUCAAUCACUGGUCUACCUUUUGUUACAGCUCCGAAUAAAUUUGAAGCUCUUGCCGCACACGAUGCUUUGGUUGAAGCCAGUGGCGCAUUCAAUACAGUUGCAUGUUCUUUAAUGAAAAUUGCCAAUGACAUUCGCUUUCUUGCUUCUGGCCCACGGUGUGGUCUCGGAGAACUAACACUGCCUGAAAAUGAGCCUGGAAGUAGCAUCAUGCCUGGAAAGGUAAACCCAACACAAUGUGAAGCUAUCACUAUGGUUUGUGCUCAAGUUAUGGGCAAUCAUGUUGCUGUCAGUAUUGGUGGUUCAAAUGGGCAUUUUGAACUGAAUGUGUUCAAGCCUAUGAUGGUAUCUAAUGUUCUACGCUCAUCCAGAUUAAUUGGCGAUGCUUGUGUCUCUUUCACUGAAAACUGUGUGAAUGGAAUCACAGCAAAUGAGGACAGAAUAUCGUCACUACUUCACGAGUCUCUGAUGUUGGUCACUGCCCUUAACCCACACAUUGGGUAUGAUGCCGCAGCUAAAAUUGCCAAGACCGCUCACAAGAAUGGGUCAACCUUGAAGCAGACAGCUAUUGAACUUAACCUGCUAACAGCAGAACAGUUUGAUAUGUGGGUCAAGCCUGAAGACAUGCUUGGACCAAAGUGAACAACCAAUAGAAGUGUUUCAAGUGCUCUUCACAAAAGUUCUUUAUUAAUUAUAAAUGCAUUAAAAUAUCUAUUACAACUGUGUCUGUGUAAAUAGCAGUGCACCAUGCAAUUCAUUUUUUUCUAAAACUUUAUAAAGUUCAAAGAUUACAAUUGUAUCAGCUUAAACUGUUUGAUUGUGCUUUAAAAUUUAUUUAUACACAAAAACCCUACAAAUGUAAACAGUUCCCGAAAAGCUAUGUUGGUGCACAUCACAUAUAUAUUAUAAUGUGUUUUAUUUUCUGCA